AAAUUUUAAAAGUAGCUGUUUGGUCGAGUACAUAACACCUGCCUCUUCAUUCAGAGUUUCUCUCUCUUUCACACACGCACGCAGAGGAGAUCGAAGUGGACUACCAAAAAGCUCAAGGCAUUUGCUGAUUCCAUCAAUCUCUUAGAUCCCAUUACCAUCCAUUCGUCGAAUACUCCAAUAGUCUUAGAUGGCCGCCGCCGCUUUGCAUUUUUGUGGGCUUAAAACUGCAUCAUCAUCAUCAUCGUCAUCAUUAGAGAGAGCUUUGCCAUUGUGGUCUCAGCCUCAGCGGCUCAGUUUUGCUAAUUCCGUGGCUUCCAGCUGUGGGUUUUAUUGUGCAGCUGGGAGAAACGCUUGUUGUUUUAGGAGUAGAGAGUUGAGAGUGAGUUGCGACGGAGGGGUCGUAGAUGUUCUUGAUAAGAAACAGAAAGCCAAACAAGGUGUCGCCUAUAAUGACAAGCAAUUGACGUGUGUCAUGAAGUUUGGUGGAUCUUCAGUGGCCUCUGCCGAGAGAAUGAGGGAGGUUGCUGAUCUUAUACUCAGCUUCCCGCAAGAGAGGCCUGUCAUUGUUCUAUCUGCAAUGGGAAAGACUACCAACAAGCUCUUACUGGCAGGAGAAAAGGCUGUCAGCUGCGGUGUCACCAAUGUGUCUGCCAUCGACGAGUUGAGCUUCAUCAAAGAAUUGCAUUUCAGGACUGUGGAAGAGCUUGGAGUGGAUGGCUCCAUCAUCUCACCACACCUGGAUGAGCUGGAACAACUUCUUAAGGGAAUUGCUAUGAUGAAAGAGAUGACUCUACGGACAAAAGAUUAUUUGGUUUCAUUUGGGGAGUGCAUGUCCACUAGGCUUUUUGCUUCUUAUUUGAAUAAGAUUGGUGUGAAAGCCCGCCAGUAUGAUGCCUUUGAAAUGGGUAUCAUAACAACAGAUGACUUCACAAAUGCUGACAUUUUGGAGGCUACUUAUCCGGCUGUUGCUAAGAGGUUACACGGUGAUUGGACAUGUGAUCCUGCUAUUCCGAUUGUCACUGGCUUCUUGGGGAAGGGGUGGAGGUCAUGCGCAGUGACCACGCUGGGUAGAGGUGGUAGUGAUUUGACAGCUACAACCAUUGGUAAAGCACUUGGGUUGCGAGAAAUUCAGGUGUGGAAGGAUGUUGAUGGUGUUUUGACAUGUGAUCCUAACAUAUACCCACGUGCAGAACCUGUACCUUAUUUGACAUUUGACGAGGCUGCUGAACUUGCUUAUUUUGGUGCCCAGGUGUUGCAUCCACAGUCUAUGCGACCAGCUAGAGAAGGUGAUAUUCCUGUGAGGGUUAAAAAUUCCUACAACCCUAAAGCUCCAGGCACCGUCAUCACCCAUGCAAGAGAUAUGAGCAAGGCUGUACUAACCAGCAUUGUAUUGAAAAGGAAUGUGACCAUGUUGGAUAUUGUUAGCACUCGCAUGCUUGGUCAAUAUGGCUUUCUUGCUAAGGUAUUUACAACUUUUGAAGAAUUGGGGAUAUCGGUGGAUGUCGUUGCUACCAGUGAAGUCAGUAUUUCCUUGACAUUGGACCCAUCAAAACUUUGGAGCAGGGAGCUUAUUCAGCAGGCAAGCGAACUUGACCAUGUUGUGGAAGAACUGGAGAAAAUUGCUGUUGUCAAUCUUCUUCAACGCCGUUCAAUAAUAUCUCUGAUCGGAAAUGUGCAGAAAUCAUCACUAAUAUUAGAGAAGGCAUUUCGUGUUCUUCGAACUAUUGGAGUCAACGUUCAGAUGAUCUCUCAGGGUGCAUCCAAGGUAAAUAUCUCUUUGGUUGUAAACGACAAUGAAGCAGAACAGUGUGUUAGAGCUCUCCACCAGGCAUUCUUUGAGGGUAGUUUCACGGAGGUAGAAUGUGGAUCCGAAAUUGGCUCUCUGUAAACAUUAUCAGAGGGACAGACGGACAGUCAUUGCGAGCCAGUUAUUGGUUGACCUUUACCAGGAAUUCUUGAGGGUAAUUUCACUAAGGUAGAAUGUGAAUCCAAGAGCGGCCGUCUCAAACACCUAUGGAGAUUCAAUUACAUAUUGAUUGUUUGUAGUGGCUUAUUUAUAGCUUACAUAACAUAAAGAUUUCAAUUUGAUCCGUUGUACCAUUUUUGGGGACAUUUCUGUUCCUCCAGGAUGUCAGAUUAUAAAGGUAUCUAAUUGAAUCCAUUUCGUCUACAUAUAAAUG